AUGCGCAACGGCUAUGUUCUGCCGUUGUUGGUGAUAUGCAUCGAGCUCACCUCCUGUGACAAGGCGGUGAGGUCGCCUGCAUAUGCCUUGGUGGACGACGAUCCUUGCUUGCGCGACCCCGACAGUCAGGACUUUCAGUGUGGCACGGCACUUCUACAGAGCGGAAACCGGCGCUUACCGCCUCGGAAGGCGGCACACCAAUCCGAAUCUUCCAAAGUUGGCAAGAAGGCACGCGCACCGCUCCUCGAGGACUUGUUAGAAGUGGCCAGCAAGGCCAGCUACAAUGCGAGCUUCUUAGGGCAACUGGAAAGCGUGGUCUCAGAUCCGAGCCUCGGAGCCAAAGGAGUCCAUGGAAGCCUUCGCUUCUUGCAAGAGGAGCAUUCGAUCAGGCUCUCUACUUGCGAUGCUGAGCUUCGGUUGCGACUUGAGAGUGAGCUGAAGCUCACUGAACUCUACAACCAGUGGCUGCAUUUGGACAAGGCCUGUCAAGCUGACGAGCAUCUCCUUCGACAUGCGCUUGACUUGUGUCUGCAAGCGCAGGCGGUUGACAAACGGGAAAAUGAAACGUCGGGCUGCACGGAGCACAACAGGUUGCUGCAAGCGAAAGUGAAGGAGUGUUCUUCCAUCCGAGCAGCAACGCGGUCAACCGGAUGUGCACGUGCUUCUCAGGCCCUCCUCUUGCGGCUACCCAGGCUUUGGCACAAGCAGGAACAGCAGCCAAAGCGGUCGUCAGAGGACAGCAUCAGGCCCUUCAGAGCCGAGAAGUCUAAGACCCUUGUCUUGGGUUUGGUUGCUUCCAUGGCGGCCGCGGCGGUCAGCGAAGAGGUGGAGGCCGAGCUUCCCUUGCCGGCUGUGGCGCUACAGGAGGAGUUCGAUGUCACGGAUGAGACCGUGGAUGCUGUCCUGCUGUUCUUGGGUUUGGACAAUGCAGGCAAAACGACUUUGCUGCAGAUGCUGAAGAACGACCGCAUGGUGGCACAAGUCCCAACUCUGCACCCACAAAGCGAGGAGCUAAUUAUCGACAAGGUCCGAUAUAAGGCCUUUGACCUCGCCGGUCACGAGAUCGGCAGGCGCUUGUGGAAGGAUUACUUUCCAGUUGCCAGUGCCAUCGUGUUCCUGGUGGACUCCGCAGAUAGAAGCAGGCAUGUUGCCAACUGCACGACCCUCGACAAGUUUGUGGCGCGUGGAGAAUGCUCUUUGUUUCGAAAGACCUCGCCUGCUCCGUUGUGGAGGUUUCCAGAGGCAGCAGAGGAGUUGAAGCAGCUCCUGCAGGCGAGAGUGGGGCCGCUGGGGGCCCGAUGUCAGAGUCUGCAUGCCUCUGAGGAGAAGGCUCUGAAUGCUGUGCCGAUUGCAGUGCUGGCACAGAAGGCCGGGGAGACCUCUUUGCUUGUGCUGUGCCUGGGGAGCUGCUCCGAGGUGGACCUGCCCGGUGCGGCAUCGAAGGAAGAAUUUUCUGGUGCCGAUCCGAUUGCAAGGCCUUGGCAAACGAAGCAUCGAGAUGUCUUGCAUGCGUCUGAGGUUUCGGCAGGACUCAUUACGUUCAACAAGUACUUGAUGCAUGAAGGUCGUUUUCCUCACGCCCUGCACCUCACUGCAGUGCACAUGGCUAUGACGACCAUGCUUUCCGUGAUGCUGUACGGUGCUGCGCCGUCCAUCUACCCUUCGAUGAGCAAGGCCAUCGAGAAUCGAGGCUUGUUGAUGCGAUAUCUGGUGCCACUGGGUGUCUUGUUCGCCGUCGCGUUGGCCUGCUCCAACCAGGCAUAUUUUUACUCUAGCGUUGCCUUCCUGCAGUUCUGCAAGCAGGGCAAUAUUGCUUUCAUUUUCUUCGCAUCUUGCUUGCUCGGGCUACAGACCUUCAGCUGGCAGAAGCUGAUGAUUCUGUCCAUCGUCGUCACCGGCUGCUGCAUCUGUGCCCAUGGAGAGAUCAAAUUCCAGAUGCUGGGCCUCGUCUUUCAGUUGUCAUCGCAAGUCGCGGAAUCUUCCAAAAACCUGCUGGGCGAAAUCAUUCUCACUGGUGCAGGCCUCAAACUUGAUGUCCUGACAUUCGUCCUUUUUCAAGCACCGUUCUCUUUGGUUCCGCUUAUGGCCGGAGUCAUUUCCACCUGGUCACCGGAAGUCUUUCACGACUUCGUGAACAUGUGGUGGGUCGUCCUCCUGAAUGCUGCAGUUGCUUUCUGCCUCAACGUGCUCAUCGCCCUGACCCUCAAAAGACUUUCAGCCCUCGCCUUCGUGAUCAUUGGUGUUGUGAAGGAUGUCACCAUCGUGGCCAGUUCCAGCCUGGUGUUCGGUGAUCCAAUUUCCCACCAGCAGUACAUGGGCUUCACUGUCACCAUCUGUGGCAUCGCCCUUUGGAGCCAUCUGAAGCUCAGGGAGCAGUGCUCUCAGGACUCUGCUUCCGUUUUUUACCGGAGUUCCACUCACUUAGACCAUCUGGGAGGAGAAACCCUCUGA